AUGAGUCGUCAAAUUGAUCAGGCGUUGCUCUCAUUGAUGCCAACGUAUACUCAAGAUCUUCCGCCGACUCUACUGCAGCUUGCCGGAUCUCUCCUCGCACAGUCCCGCCAUCGUGCAAGCACUCUGAAGGCCGAAGAAGAGAUUGCGAGGCUGUACGCUUGCGCCAACAUCGCCUGUGAUAGACUGAAAAUAACCCUUGAUCUGCCGCCAAUCGAGCCACGGCCACCAAUUCCUCCCCGCAUCUACAAGCGACUGUAUGCUCAUCUCGACAACAUCCUCCCCAACUCCGCAUCCACUCCCCGAACUCCCUCAGGUCGUGUUCGGACGCCGAGCGGAAGAUUGAGGGACCUCGGGACCUCGCCUGCCUCAGCAACUCGAGUACCAUCUCGCGCGACGCCAACCAAGGAGAGAAGCCUUGCGCAAUGGCGAACCCCCUCGAAGGCUGGCGACGGGACCCCGAUGAAAUCUGCCAGAAAAGCAACCGAUUCCGCGCCUGAAAACGGAUUUCACCCCUGGAUUCAACCCGCUACUCGGUUCAUCUGCCAAGAAACCAAUCACAAGAAGCUUGCGCCCACCAUUCUCGCCGGCAUGGAGGCGAUAAUUGCCCCUGGCGGACGGAAGACUGACGACGAAUGGGCUCUUCAGAACACUACGGUUUUGUUUGCGGCCAUCUACUUCUUCGUAACCAUGCGUAUCCGUGCCCUUGCAUCCGGUGAAGCGAUUGAUCGUGAUGGCUACGUUCCGCAACGAAAGGAGAUACUUUCCUUGCUGACUCGGGCUCGCAAAGAGGUUACCGUUCUGGGCCUAGAUGACGACGAUGCGUGGAAUGGCUGGAGCAAGCCCAAAACCACCGAGUUCGAUGACGCAGUUGCCAAGGUCAACGAGCGCGGCUGGCUCACCGGUGAUUGGUACCAGGGUAUUACGGACGUGGUCAAGUUGACUCAGCGCAGCCAGGUUGAUGACAUCGACAUGGUUGACGAGGAGGCGAUGCCCACGGUGCAGAUCAAACGAGCAGACACGAUGUUUCAAGACAAGUACGAUUUCCUCAGCGAAACGAAACGCGCCGAUCACAGAGUUUGGAAAGAUGAGAUGCUCGCCAAAAUUGUUCAAUUGACGGCGACAGGCGCCGCCGCCAUGGAACUAGAUACAAAAUGA